AUGGCUCUCCCACCCAAGAUAUUGAUUGUCGGUGGAGGAGUCUUCGGAUUGUCCACGGCCCUCGCCCUGUCCCGCCGACACCCCAACAGCCAAGUCACCCUGCUCGAAGCGUCCCCUAUAAUCCCCAACCCGGAAGGAUCCUCGGUUGACAGCUCGCGCAUCGUGCGCGCCGACUAUUCGAACCCAACAUACAUGAGACUAGCCGCCACCGCCAUCGAAAGCUGGCGCAACACGGAAUGGGGUCACGAGGGCCGCUAUACCCAGAAUGGCCUGCUGCUGGUCUACCCGGAUGGCAAUGCGCAGGGAAAGGAGUACACGAUCAAGAGCUACCACAAUGUCAAAGAGCUAGAAGGGAACCUGGUUGAGUUUCUGCCCGCGAAGAAGGACGUUCUGCGGGCCGCGCCGGCCUACGGCGAGUCGCUCAACGUCGCGGGAGGGUACGUGAAUUGGGGUUCGGGCUGGUCCGACGCCGAGGCGUCGGUGCGGUACGCAAAGAAGAAACUGGACGAGGCAGGCAAGGUCAAGUUCCAGACGGGGAAUGUUCAGAGUCUGCAGUACGCCGACCAGACGGCACCGAACAAAGUGACCGGCGUGACCCUGGCCGACGGGACCUCGAUAACGGCGGAUCUGGUGAUUCUGGCGACCGGUGCCUGGACAUCGAAACUGGUCGACCUCCGCGGCCGCGCCGUGGCCACCGGACAGGCAAUCGCAUACAUGCGCAUCUCCGACGAAGAACAGAAGCUGCUCGAGAACAUGCCCACCAUCCUCAACUUCAGCACGGGCAUCUUCAUCAUCCCGCCCCGGAACAACCUGCUCAAGAUCGCUCGCCAUGCCUACGGCUACCAGAACCCGACAUCCGUGCCCGUCCCAGGAAGCCAGGGAACCGCCACUAUGGACGUGAGCCUGCCCGAGAGCGGCGUCCCGGUUCCGCGCGAAGGCCAAGACGCCUUCCGCUUUGCACUGAAGCAACUCCUUCCGACCUUCGGAGACCGACCUUUCACCAGCACCCGAGUAUGCUGGUACACUGAUACCCCCAACGGCGACUUCAUCGUAACCUACCACCCUCACCAAACCGGCCUCUUCCUCGCCACCGGCGGCAGCGGCCACGCAUACAAAUUCUUCCCCGUGAUCGGCGACAAGGUCGUCGACGCCCUCGAAGGCCGUCUGGACCCGGAACUGCAGAACCUCUGGGCCUGGCCGGAAGCCGUCGACCCGCGAGUCCUGCAGGGCGCCGAGGACGGAAGUCGAUCCGGAGCGAAGGGACUGCUGCUACGCGAGGAGCUGGCCAAGACGCAGAAGGAAAAGCGGGCGAGCGCGUUAUAG